AUGAAUGAUGGUUUCGUUAAAAUAAAAGAUGCUUUAUUUAAUGACAUGGCCAAUAACUUCAUACAAUCGGAUGAAAUAUUAAAUAAAUUGGUUCAUGAUGGAAUUCCUAAAGUUGUCACAAAUAAACUCUCCAUAAAGAAUUAUAGCGAAGUCAUUAUAAAUGAUGCAGACAUUGGUUUGGAGGAAUUCGGGCAACAUGAACAUGUCGUCUUUCAAGAAUUUUUACAAAAUGCUGAUGAUGCAAAAGCAACAAGAUUUUCAGUAAUAAUUGACAAAGGUCAAUAUAAUAAAGACCCAGAAAAAGCAUCAUUAUUAUCGAAAGGUAAUGGUUUAGAACAUUGGCAAGGGCCUUCGAUUCUUAUUUACAAUGACAAGACUUUUACUGAAGAAGAUUUGGUCAAAAUAUGUGAACUGGGUACUGGUAGUAAAUGGGAUGAUUUAACAAAAAUUGGUAAAUUUGGAUUGGGAUUUAAUUCCUGUUACAACUACACAGAUUUACCAAGUUUCAUUACGGGCAAAUAUGUUGUCAUAUUUGAUCCACAUAAAAAAUAUUUACCAAAAAAUUAUCCAGGCAUUAAAAUUAAUUUUAUAGACAAUAGUUAUAUGAUCAAACAAUUUUACGAUCAAUUUGAACCUUUUGAUAACUUUGCUUUAAACAAUGAAGAUCCUAUUUUUCAAUUUAAAAAGCCAUUUCCUGGAACACUAUUUAGAUUACCACUUAGAAAUAGUAAAGUCAAAAGUUUAAUUUCUACAAAAAUGGAUAAUAUUUCCGUAAUCAAAGAAUUAUUAUUGGAAUAUAGAGAUCAGAUGUUAUCAGAAUUAAUAUUUCUUAGAAAUAUUAAAUCAAUGGAAGUUUACGAGAAAUUGGGAAAAACCUUUCCACCAAUAUUAAAAUGGAAAGUAGAUGUAACGAAUAUUUCCAAUGAAAAUUAUAGAACAGAUCUUGGCAAAUAUUCUAGUACAUUUUAUUUAUCAACAAAACUUUUUGAAGACAGUGCUAAAUUUGAAGUAUUAUAA